AUGAGCCAAAACGUCGGUAUUAUGCUGAACACAGGUACUGGCAUAUUUGGGAGUCAAGUUACCUAUCAGAUCGGCUAUUGGGCAUAUAAUAUGGUCGUCGUUGAUGUCAAUGGUGACAAUCGUCCCGAUAUAAUUGUAGCGAAUUCGGAGCAAAGCAGCAUUGGUGUGCUCCUGAACACAGGUAGUGGCACAUUUGGCAACCAAGUGACCUAUUGGGGCGGUUAUUACCCACGUGGCCUGGCCGUCGCCGAUAUCAACGGCGACAGUCGCCCAGACAUUGUUGUCACGAAUACGUAUUCGAACAACAUUAAUAUUCUUCUGAACACUGGUGGUGGCACAUUCGGUGGACCAACGACCUAUUCGGCCAACUCAUAUGUAUAUUCUGUGGAUAUCGCCGAUGUCAAUGGUGAUGGUCAUCCAGACAUUGUCGUCACAAAUGCCGCAUCCAACACCGUUGGUGUUCGUAUUAACACUGGAAGUGGCUUCUUUUCCGGUGAAGUGACCUAUUUAGUCGGUUCUUGGCCAACGGGACUAACUGUUGCCGAUGUCAAUGCGGACAAUUUUCCCGACAUAAUUGUGACGAAUACAUACAGCAACAAUGUCGGCGUUCUUCUGAAUACGGGUAGUGGCUCAUUUGGCGCUCAAGUGAUCUAUGCAGUUGGGAAUUCGCCAAAUUUUGUGACUGUCGCCGAUGUUUAUGGUGACAGUCUUCCUGACAUUAUUGUGGCAAAUACUGGGAGUAGCACUGUUGGUGUUCUUCGUAACAAAGGUAGUGGCGUAUUCGACACUCAAGUUAUCUAUCCAGUAGACAAUUCGCCAUAUUGUGUGACCGUAGCCGAUGUCAAUGGUGACGGUCGCCAAGACAUGAUUGUGGCAAAUGGUGGAAGCAACGAUGUCGGCGUCAUUCUCACCGAUUGCAUUUGCCGUCAAUGUUGGAACUAA